CCUCCGCCACCCUCCUCGUUCCUCCAGAUCAUCCCCACCAAAGAAGAACCUAAUGGGAAGCAAAGCUCCGAAUUGGGCAGACCAGUGGGGAGCGGGUGGGUUCGGGAGUGAGGACGAGAAUGAGCAGGUGAAGAAGCGAAGCGGCAGCAGCAAGAUGGCCGAUGCGAAAGCAAAAGCAUCGGCGGGAAUGGACAAAGCCAAAGCGGCGGCAGUGGUGGGCGCUGACAAAGCCAAGGAGGCGGCAGUAGUGGGAGCCAUGAAACUCAAGAGCGGCACCUCCGCUGGUCUCAAAUGGGUCAAGAAUCAAUAUCAAAAGAGGGCUUCUUCCUCCAAGUGAACCUUCCCCAUUCUCUCCCUCCACCUUCCGACACUGUGAUUCCACCAUGCCUAUAAUUUCAUCCUCCUCCGACUGUCUUUUGUUCUUUCUUAUAGCUUUUACUGGCCUUUCCAUAUGCACUAGAGAUCUAAUUUUGCUUCAGACUUUACUUGAACAUGAACGUAUUUUUUCUUAUUUUACCUGAA